CUUCCUUCUCCCAACCCAAUGGUCAAAAAUGGUAGCUGCUUCUCUCUCUCUCUCUCUCUGUUUUUUUAAUUGUUUUGAGUCAACGUGGGGAGAAGGCCCGUACACGUUUUCAUUAAUAAACAAGAAAUACAGCUUACAUUCAAACAACACUGCAUCAGGGCACAUCCGUCUCUCUUGCUCUCUCUAUAAAUACCCAUCUGUCUUCUCAUUAUGCACCCCUGGCUUAAACAAGAUUUAGAUCUGUCUCUAUUUCUCUCUCUAUAAGUACCCAUCUGUCUCUCUCAAUAAGCACCCCUUAAACAGUGAGUUGUAGGCUUAAACACGAUUUAAAUCUGUCUCUCUUUCUCUCUCUAUAAAUACCCAUCUGUGUCGCUCUCAAUAAGCACCCCUUAAACAGUGAGUUGUAGGCUUAAACGAGAUUUAGAGCAUGGGAAGUACAGUUGGUGAAGAGCAACUUAGUGAACAAAUGGAGCAGCAACCAAUGCCUCUCUUAACCCCCUAUAAAAUGGGGAAAUUCCUCCUCUCUCACAGAAUUGUAUUGGCUCCAUUAACAAGGCAAAGAUCUUUUGGCAACGUUCCUCAACCCCAUGCAAUCUUAUAUUACUCUCAGAGAGCCUCUAAAGGAGGACUUCUCAUUGCUGAAGCAACUGGUGUUUCAGACACCGCUCAAGGGUACCCACACACACCUGGUAUUUGGACGAAGGAGCAGGUUGAGGCAUGGAAACCCAUUGUUGAUGCUGUCCAUGAAAAGGGUGGUGUCUUCUUUUGCCAGAUUUGGCAUGUUGGGAGGGUCUCCAACUAUGGAUAUCAACCAAAUGGGCAAGCUCCAAUCUCCUGUACCAGCAAGCAAUUGAGCCCACAAGUGGAUGCUAACCAGAUAAAUAAGUUAGAGUUCUCUCCGCCUCGAGCUCUAGUCACUGAGGAAAUCCCACUUGUUGUCAACGAUUUCAGACUCGCAGCGAGAAAUGCAAUUGAUGCCGGUUUUGAUGGAGUCGAGAUCCACGGAGCUCAUGGAUACCUUCUUGAUCAGUUCAUGAAGGAUAGUGUGAACGACCGGACUGACCACUAUGGUGGGUCCUUAGAGAACCGUUGUCGCUUCGCCCUGGAGAUAGUUGAAGCUGUGGUUAAAGAGAUUGGAGCUGAUAAGGUUGGGAUAAGGCUCUCACCAUUUGCAUCUUAUUGUGAGGCUGGAGACUCGAACCCUGAAGCCCUUGGCCUCUACAUGGCUGAGGCAUUGAACAAAUACAAUAUUGUCUAUGCUCAUUUUGUGGAGCCUAGAAUGGUUACAGUUGGUGAAAAAGCUGAGACUCCGCAUAGUCUUUUGCCCAUGAGGAAGGCAUUCAAGGGGACUUUCAUUUCAGCUGGGGGUUACACUAAAGAAGAUGGUAACAAAGCUAUUGCCGAAGGAGCCACUGAUCUUGCUGUUUUCGGGCGCCUUUUCUUGGCUAACCCGGACUUGCCAAGGAGGUUUGAACUGAAUGCUCCAUUGAACAAGUAUAACAGAGAGACCUUCUAUAUCCCUGAUCCAGUUGUGGGUUAUACAGAUUACCCCUUUUUAAGCUACUGAUGAGGGGAGGAGUGAUGGAACUCUGGCAUUUUGUUUGAAAUAUCAAAGGAUUCAAAUUCGAAAUGCGAUCAUUUAAUGUAAUAAUCAUGUACCAAUUUUAUGGUAACAGUCUCAUUUUACAGAUGGAGGUUCUUUUGCCCUUCUCCUUUUAAUAUUUGUUUCUACAUAUUAAUAGCUAA